UUGGGGGGGAGGGGAGGGGGUGCAGCUCGGGGUCUGGCUGCUCCCAUGUGAGGCUGGAAAGCAACUGAGUGAAUAAGGAAUCGGCGUUUAUGUCUCCGGAACCCGACUGCACAACGCGCUGCGGAACGCAAACGCGCAGUGUUGCCGCAAACCGCAGCAACGUCAGAGGCAGUGAGUGCCGGAGCGGCGAGGACCCGCCGCAGUCCCGCUCCCACUGCAAAGCCUCGGGGGGGAGUUCCUCUCUUUCGCUCGUGGUUUGGGCUUUUACUUGUUGCUCGUUUGUUUGCGGAGUGACGGCUCUCUGACUGCGGAGACUGCACUGAGCAAUGACAGCCUGAUCACAAGCGUCAGCUGCCCGAGUCAGUGGAAACUUUUGACUGCUGCUGGUCUGGGAUCUCAAUGAGCGGCUUCUCCAUUCCGAACAUAAACCAGAUCCGAUUAAAGCUAUGAGGAGCAGAAGCAAUUCCGGUGUUAGGUUAGAUGGCUACGCCAAUCUUGUGCAGAGAACAAUUCUAUGCCACCAGAACCCAGUCACGGGAUUGCUGCCGGCAAGCACAGAGCAGACGGAUGCUUGGGUGCGUGAUAACGUCUAUAGCAUACUGGCUGUAUGGGGUCUGGGAUUAGCCUACCGUAAGAAUGCAGACCGAGAUGAAGACAAAGCAAAAGCGUAUGAACUUGAGCAGAACGUUGUGAAGCUGAUGAGGGGCCUUCUUCAGUGCAUGAUCAGACAGAUGGAUAAGGUUGAAAGAUUUAAACAUACUCAGAGCACGAAGGACGCUCUCCAUGCCAAAUACAGCACCACCACAUGCUGUACAGUUGUUGGUGAUGACCAAUGGGGUCACCUUCAGGUUGAUGCUACUUCUCUCUACUUGUUGUUUUUGGCACAGAUGACAGCUUCAGGUUUACGCAUCAUUUUCACCCUUGAUGAAGUGUCGUUUAUACAGAACCUUGUAUUUUACAUAGAAGCUGCUUAUAAAGUUGCUGAUUAUGGUAUGUGGGAGCGUGGAGACAAAACAAACCAGGGAAUAGCAGAGCUUAAUGCAAGUUCUGUGGGUAUGGCUAAGGCAGCACUUGAAGCCAUCGAUGAACUUGAUCUGUUUGGAGCACAUGGAGGCCCAAAGUCAGUCAUUCACGUUCUACCUGAUGAAGUGGAACAUUGUCAGUCUAUUCUUCAUUCCAUGUUACCAAGAGCGUCAACAUCCAAAGAAAUUGAUGCUGGCCUUCUUUCGGUUAUCUCGUACCCCGCUUUUGCUGUGGAGGACAUUGAGCUUGUGACUUUGACAAAGAAUGAAAUCAUUACAAAAUUGCAGGGACGGUACGGCUGCUGUAGAUUUUUGAGAGAUGGCUACAAAACUCCAAAAGAGGAUCCCAAUAGACUACAUUAUGAUUCAGCUGAACUGAAAUUGUUUGAGAACAUUGAAUGUGAAUGGCCGGUAUUUUGGACAUACCUCAUCAUUGAUGGGUUGUUUAAAGGAGACCAUGCUCAGGUUGAAGAGUACCGGGAGGCCUUGGAAGGAGUUCUUAUUAGAGGAAAGAAUGGAGUUCGACUGGUUCCAGAGCUUUAUGCUGUUUCGAUUGAAAAGGUGGAUGAAGAGUAUAAGAACCCUCAUUCUGUGGACAGAAUUCCGAAAGGAAAAUUACCUCACAUGUGGGGACAGUCUUUAUACAUCCUGGGGUCUCUGCUGGCUGAAGGAUUUCUUGCUCCUGGGGAAAUUGACCCUAUAAGCCGAAGAUUUUCGACAAUCAGAAGACCUGAUGUCGUUGUACAAGUGUCAAUAUUGGCAGAAACGGAAAAGAUAAAGAAAAUGUUAGCACACCACAACUUUGAAGUAGAAACUAUUUGUGAUGUUCUACCUAUCAGGGUGCAACCAGCAAAGAUUCUAAGCCACAUAUAUGCAAAACUAGGAUAUAACAGUAGGCUGAAACUUAGUGGGCGGCCGUAUAGGCACAUUGGUGUUCUCGGCACAUCCAAGUUGUACAUGAUAAGAAAUCAAAUCUUUACGUUCACUCCACAGUUUCUUGAUCAGCAUCAGUUUUAUUUGGCACUGGACAAUCACAUGAUUGUGGAAAUGCUCCGAACUGAUGUUUCUUACCUCUUCUCACACUGGAAGAUGACGGGACGUCCCACAGUCACAUUUCCGAUCACUACAAGCAUGCUGUGCGAAGACGGAUCAGACAUCGAUUCAUCUAUUCUGUCUACACUUCGAAAACUCCAGGAUGGUUAUUUUGGUGGAGCCAGGGUGAAAACAGGCAAAAUAUCAGACUUCCUGAUCACCUCUUGCUACACACACCUGAGUUUCAUGGACCGUGGAUCUGAUGGUGUACUGUUUGAUGACUCUUUAAAUGAAAGCGAUUUUAGUCCCUGUAAUGAGGUAGAGGAGGCUCCUUCUAUGCCUGAUUCAUGCGAUUGUAAUGAUGUUGAUGAUCAAGAUGAACUCGUACACUAUAUAAAUCACCUGCUUCGAAGUACGACUCCAGUAUCAAAGCGACUGCCUCCGACAUCCCAGAAUUCAGGAACGCAUUCCAUAUUUGAGACUGAGCACACAACAAGGGAUGUAAUAUCAAUGAUGGCCAAAGAAAAAGGCCUGGAUUUACCAAGUUUUGCCAUGUCUCUACCUACAAAAGUUCUGCUUACUCAUCGAAAAUCUCUGAACUUAUUGGAAGGACCACUUCAAGUCAAGGAUAAUGGAGUGGAUCUCAGCUUACCCACGGAUGACCAGGGAAAUAUUGACUGUGCUUCAUUAGUUGAACGUCUAAAGGAAUGUCACACUCUACAAGACCAAGCAGAUAUAUUGUACAUCUUGUAUGUAAUCAAAGGCCCUGACUGGGAUACCAAUCUGGAUGGACUGCAAGGUGCGCAGGUCUGUAGCCUCUUGAACGAACUAUACAAUAAGGCUGGCCAGAACUGUGACUGGGGAUUGAUUCGCUAUAUAUCAGGCAUGCUGAGAAAGAAAGUUGAAGUCCUUGCUGAGGCCUGCACAGACCUGUUAUCACACCAAAAGCAACUAACAGUGGGUCUUCCCCCAGAACCACGUGAGAGGACCAUCGUAACUCCUUUGCCACCUGAUGAACUAACACAGCUUAUUUACGAAGCAAGUGGGCAAGACAUAAGCAUGGCAGUUCUUACCCAGGAAAUCAUGGUUUAUCUUGCCAUGUAUGUGAGGACACAACCGAGCCUCUUUGCAGAAAUGCUUAGGUUAAGAAUUGGACUCAUCAUUCAGGUGAUGGCCACGGAAUUAGCUCGUAGUCUGAAUUGCUCAGGGGAAGAAGCGUCAGAGAAUUUGAUGAAUCUCAGCCCUUUUUAUAUGAAGAAUCUCCUGCAUCAUAUUCUAAGUGGAAAGGAGUUCGGUGUAGAAAAAAGUGUUCGUUCCAUUGAUGACUCCAGUGGGAAUCCAGUUGUUGCUAUUCAUGAAGUUGAUCAUGCAGGAGCAACAAAAACUGAGAGAACUGGUAUCAGUAGACUGAAGAGUGAGAUGAAGCAGAUGGAUAAAAGUGUGGCAGGAAGCUUCAUUGAUGAUCAGUUCUUUUUCAGUGUCCAUUCAUUAAGCAGCGGCUUUCUUUCUCCCCGAUCCAUGAGAUGCAGUAGCCCUUCCUCUCCCAUAAGGACUGUGUCUCCUGUUGGUUCUGUUUGUGGGCCUUUGGGUUGGGAUGACCGCCAGGGUCAGUGGCUGCGCAGACGACGCCUAGAUGGAGCCAUUAACAGAGUGCCAGUGGGCUUCUAUCAGAAAGUGUGGAAUAUUUUAGAGAAGUGCCAUGGACUUUCUGUUGAUGGCUACGUUCUUCCUUCUUCAACCACAAAAGAGAUGACAUCCCAUGAGAUUAAAUUUGCUCUUCAUGUGGAAUCUGUUUUGAACCACAUUCCUCAGCCCGAAUACAGACAGUUAAUGGUUGAAGCUAUCGUGGUUCUGACUAUAUUAGCAGACGUGGAAGUUAACAGCAUCGGUGGCAUAAUCUAUGUGGACCGCAUAGUGCAUAUGGCCAAUGAGCUUUUCUUACAGGAUCAGAAAUCAUUAGGUGCAAGUGACACCUUUUUAGAACGGGAUCCAGGCACAGGAAUUUGCAUUCUGUUCUAUGACAGUGCACCAAGUGGCAGCUACGGAACCAUUACUUAUUUGUCUAAAGCUGUUUCAACUUACGUACAGGACUUCUUGCCAAUUACUGGCUGUUUUGUUCAAUAAUGGCAAAAGCUGAGAAGCAGAUCAUAGAAUGAUGCAGCACAUCGUCUUGAUGUCAUUCCUGUAUUCUGAAUCAUUUUAAGACUGUUCAGUUGAUAUAAUCAUGAUAACUGUGUGUUUCCCUGUCUGUGAAAUGAUAAAUGUGUGUUAAUCAAAUUUUCCCACUAUUGAAAAUUGAGCUUAGUUUAUUAUUUAUUUGAAACAGAUUUAUAUCAAAUUUCACAUUAAAUUAUUGAUCGUGGCAUAGUCUAACCGCUUGGAAUGGGAACUUUAAAACUUCACUCAAAAUAUAUUUAACUUUUUGUUUGGAAGGCAAAAUCAUGUGGUCAAAAAAAUAAUAGUUCAGUAACACAGCUACAACAUUAAAUAAUGUUGGUAUUUAGUUCCCUUCCAGACCUUGUCAAACUUCCUAUGUUGGCAUAAACUACAAGUAUAUCUUAUUUUUAGUGGUGAAUAGUUAUUACUGAAAGCACUUAUUUGCUAUUAGUAUGUUUGAUAAGUUGCAUUUAUGUGUUUAUUUAGUGUUGCUUUAUUGAUAUUUCCAUAGUUUCAGUUUCACACUGGUCAAAAUAGACAAUUUGCACAUCUGCGAUGCUUGACAAAUUCAAUUUGUCUGUUAUAAUUCAGUUGUUUUUUGCUGUCUGCUAUGGGUAAUACUAAACUGAUGUGGAGUGAGGGAUAAAGGAAAAGAAUAUCUAGAAUGUGUAUGAGAUGGGAAUUGAGUUGACACUGUAUGGGGCAAAAAGGAGGCUUUGCAUUGUCUGGACUUAGAAGAGGGGAAACGUAUUUGGAAAAAUAAUUAGGAAGUAUAGAUAAAGGCAGAGCUAAUGGGGCAAUACAGGGCAAUCCCUGUUAUAUUACCCACAGUUUUAGCAUGGCUUACAGUGUUUGUGUGGACCAGUGCUAACCCACAUAUCACAUACUGGCUUCCAGAAACCACAUUAGAAAAUGGAACAAGAUGGAUGAGCUGACACCUUUUCCACCAUCCUACAUACUGACAUAUUUGCUUCUCGUAGGGCUCAGUUUCAGUGCAAAAUUCCAGUACACAUCAGCAACCGACAAACAGGGAAGUUGAUGUGUACAUUUCUGAAUAGUGAACUGAGUAUUUAAAUUAGUGAUGCUAAGCCUAUGAAAAUAGUGACUUAGUGCUUAAGAUUCCUUUAAGCCUAAGUGCUCAAAUCUUUCCUUGGUGUGAGCCAAGGAUGCAGUAUAAUAUUGUGUGUGUAUCAUUGAAAGCCACUUGUCAACAUGGAACUAGAGAAGCUUUAUGUUGGAAAUAAUUAGGCUGUUAACUCUCACUUUUUAAAUCUAUUGUUCCAAGUAUUUAAUUCACAUUAGCAAAUAAACCAAUGGCAUCAGACUGCUUAAUAUAUUCUCUUCCUUCAUUAAUGAAUGGUUUUAAAUUAUGUGUUGAAAUACCCACUUCCAACUUCUGAAUAAUGGGAGUGCCCUAACCUGGCUGUGAGGAGUCCUGGAUACCAUAUUCUUGGGUUCCCAAGCAGGGAUCAUUCUCAACUAUCAAAAUAGCCCUCUAGGUUUAUUCAUUGGAUAUCUGUCUAACUGAAAUUGAGGUAGCUCAAUACUCCUUGAAUAAGUGCGGAGAGGUUGCUUUCUGUGCUGUGGCCCAUCCCAAUUUUGACUCCAGUGUAACGGUUUAAGCAAUGUUUUUUUGUUCAAGUCAAUGAACAUUCAAUAUAACUAUGAGGAAAAUAAAAUGCACUUAAGGAAGUAACUUUUAAUGGAAUCAUAUUGUGCCUACAUGUACUCAGAAUGUGUGCUAGUAUCACCAAUCACUGUGUUGUACUUAUGUGUGAAUAAAUUCAGAAGUUCGAUGAAA